GAGAUGGAAUUUUCCUGGGCAAAUGGCCAGGAAUCCCAGCGCCUGCUGCUCUCGGUUCUCCUUUUUGCAUUCUUGGAGGCAGGAAGCAGCCAGCUCCAUUACUCGGUCUCCGAGGAGGCCAAACACGGCACCUUCGUGGGCCGCAUCGCGCAGGACCUGGGGCUGGAGCUGACGGAGCUGGUGCCGCGCCUGUUCCGGGUGGCGUCCAAGGGCCGCGGGGACCUUCUGGAGGUAAAUCUGCAGAAUGGCAUUUUGUUUGUGAAUGGUCGGAUCGACCGGGAGGAGCUGUGCGGGCGCAGCGCGGAGUGCAGCCUGCACCUGGAGGUGAUCGUGGACAGGCCGCUGCAGGUGUUCCACGUGGAGGUGGAGGUGAAGGACAUUAACGACAACGCGCCUGUGUUCCCUGCGACACAAAAGAAUCUGUUUAUUCCCGAAUCCAGGCUGCUUGACUCUCGGUUUCCACUAGAGGGCGCGUCGGAUGCAGACAUCGGAGCCAAUGCUCUGCUUACUUACAGACUGAGCCCCAAUGAAUAUUUUUCGUUGGAAAAACCAUCAAAUGAUGACCAGGUAAAAGGUCUUGGGCUUGUAUUAAGGAAAUUUUUAGACCGAGAAGAAACGCCGGAGAUUUCUAUAGUACUCACUGCCACUGACGGAGGAAAACCUGAGCUGACUGGCACCGUUCAAUUACACAUCACAGUACUGGAUGCCAAUGACAAUGCUCCGGUUUUCGACAGACCGCUGUAUACGGUGAAACUGCCAGAAAACGUUCCAAAUGGAACAUUGGUAAUUAAAGUGAAUGCUUCUGACUUAGACGAAGGCUUGAAUGGAGACGUUGUUUAUUCAUUUUCAACUGAUGUUUCACCAAAUGUGAAAAACAGGUUCUACAUAGACCCAAUCACAGGACAAAUUAUUGUAAAUGGCUAUAUUGACUUUGAAGAAUGCAAAUCCUACGAAAUUCUAGUGGAGGGCACAGACAAAGGACAGCUCCCACUAUCUGGCCAUUGUAGAGUUAUUGUAAAAGUACAGGACAUCAAUGACAAUAUCCCAGAUUUGGAAUUCAAGUCUCUCUCACUUCCGAUUAAAGAGAACGCUCCUUUGGGCACUGUCAUAGCCUUGAUCAGCGUAUCAGACCAGGAUUCAGGAGCCAAUGGGCAGGUGACCUGCUCCCUGAUUCCUGACACACCCUUCAAGCUGGUGUCCACUUUCAAGAAUUACUAUUCAUUGGUGCUAGACAGCGACCUGGACCGAGAGACCACCUCUGAGUAUAAGGUGGUGGUGACCGCGCGUGACGGGGGCUCGCCUCCGCUGUGGGCCACCGCCAGCGUGUCGGUGGAGGUGGCCGACGUGAACGACAACGCGCCCGUGUUCGCACAGGCCGAGUACACGGUGUUCGUGAAGGAGAACAACGCGCCCGGCUCGCACAUCUUCACGGUGUGGGCGCGCGACGCGGACGCGCAGGAGAACGCGCGCGUGUCGUACUCGCUGGUGGAGCGGCGGGUGGGCGAGCGCGCGCUGUCGAGCUACGUGUCGGUGCACGCGGAGAGCGGCAAGGUGUACGCGCUGCAGCCGCUGGACCACGAGGAGCUGGAGCUGCUGCAGUUCCAGGUGAGCGCGCGCGACGCUGGCGUGCCCGCCCUGGGCAGCAACGUGACUCUGCAGGUGUUCGUGCUGGACGAGAACGACAAUGCGCCUGCGCUGCUGGGGCCUCCCGGCGGCGGCGGCGGCGGCGGCGGCGGCGCGCGCAGCGAAGUGCUGUGGCGCUCGGUGGGCGCUGGCCACGUGGUGACCAAGGUGCGCGCGGUGGACGCGGACUCUGGCUACAACGCGUGGCUGUCGUAUGAGCUGCAGCCGGCGGCGGCCGGUGCGCGCAGCCCGUUCCGCGUGGGGCUGUACACGGGCGAGAUCAGCACCACGCGCGCGCUGGACGAGGCGGACGCCGCGAGGCAGCGCCUGUUGGUGCUGGUGAAGGACCAUGGCGAGCCGGCGCUGACGGCCACCGCCACGGUGCUGGUGUCUCUGGUGGACAGCGGCCAAUCGCCCAAGCUGUCUUUGCGUGCAUCGGAGGGCGCCGUGGCUUCGGAGGCGACGCUGGUGGACGUGAACGUGUACCUGAUCAUCGCCAUCUGCGCGGUGUGCAGCCUGCUGGUGCUGACGCUGGUGCUGUACGUGGCGCUGCGGUGCUCUGGGGCGGCUGUGGGGCGGAGCGAGGGCGCGUGCGCGCCUGGGAAGCCUGUGCUGGUGUGCUCCAGCGCGGUGGGGAGUUUGACUUACUCCCAGCAGAGGAGGCAGAGGGUGUGCUCAGCAGUGGUUCCAUCCAAUACGGAUCUCAUGGCCUUCAGCCCCAGCCUUCCACCCUGUCCAGUUAACCCUGAUAAAGCGGAGCAAGUGGCUGGCGAACCAGAUUUCUCCGUCAAAGUGAGUAAUUUUUCUUUAAACAACAUCCUUCACUAG